AUGGCCUCCACACUCAAGAAGAUGGAACCCUUCUUCCCUACCAGGUCCAAGCUGCCAAUUCAUCUCGCCCAGCUUGUGCUGGUCAUUGCUGUCGUUGCCCUGUCUGGAGCCCGGCUUCUCAUGAAAAAUACUCCACGUGGUCGCUCAACAACCAUGGGCCUGGGAAUGGGCGCCAAAUCCAUCGUCAUCAUCAUGUAUCAGCUCCUAACCGAGCAUGUUGACCGUCUCAAACGAUGGGGAAGCCUCAAGGCUUACUGGAUUCUCAAUGCUAUGGAAAUUGUUUUCUGGGCAGCAGUCGCAUUCAUGAUGAUCCAGGGUAACCAAAGAAUUUGCAUUGGUACAAGCUGUGCUAUUGGCUGGGUAGUGUGUGUGCUGGCAAUCUGCAUGAGUAUCAUGGCCAAAUAUGUCGCUGUGGUCGGCUUCUUGGACUGGCGAUAUUUCAAGGAGAAUGGAGUGCCUCGUGGAACCAAGCUGGAAAAGACCCAAGAUGAGGAGUCCAUGACCACCAUUCGUGAACAUCGGAAGUAG